AUGAAUGUCAUAUCAAUUAUCUCUGGUAUAUUAAAUUUAAAUUACGAUGAUGACCAUAAAAGCAAAUGUAAAUCGACAAAAUCAAAAUGCGUAAAAAACCCGGGUCAAGAAACAGUCAUUACAUAUUUGAAGAAUUCGAUACAAUUAGAAAAAUCGAACGAUUAUCAUUAUGGAUUAUACAAUAAAACAAAUUUCUGUCAUAUGCACAAUAAUUGUAAAUUCUUAUUGCCUUAUUAUCCACCUUUAGAUGAAUCAGGGAACAAUAAAUUUUUCUCAGCUUAUAUAAAAUUGGCUGGAUUGCUUGAUCGCACCUUGGUUUUACCUAAUGUCGGAAGAACAAGAAUCUCAUUAUGUCAAAAAUUACCAUUUGAUUUUUAUUAUGACAUCGAACAACUUCAACUUAACUAUCCAGAUGUAAAGUUCAUAACACAACACGAUUUUCAACAAUGGACAAAUACCAAACACGGUAAAGGUAAUGCGAAUAACAAAAAAGAAUAUAUCGAAUAUGACAAACCGUCAACUUCUCACUUUCACAUAACAAAUGGUGCCGACGAAACCUCGAUAAUAAAUUUAAAACCAUAUCAUGAGACUCUUAAUAAAGAUUGGUGUCUAAGUAAUUUUCGAUUAAAUUUAAAUUCGACAACUUCGUUCAAACAAAUCAGAGCUGGUUGGAAGACGUGGGAAUCGGAAGAAAGUCACAAUUCAUUUCAACGAUAUUUGAUUGAUAAUCUUUCACAAGAAAAUUCUUCCGACGUUUUAAUAAUUAGACAUGACACUAGGGAACAAUUGCUGCCAGGAAAUUUCAAAAAAUUACAAUAUUCAAAACAUAUCCUAAUCUCUGCAUCAACAAUAAUCAAAUCUAUAACACCUUAUAUCGCUGUACAUUGGCAUAUGGAUCAUCUUCAUGAAGCGGUUCUUCUACAAUGUACCAUGAAAAUGCUACACAGAAUUCAAAGAGCCGUGGAUAAAACUGGAUAUGAAAACAUUUAUUUGGCGACUAACUAUCCAUUUUAUGGUAAUGGCAGUUAUACCAGUUAUUCAUCGACGUGGAAAAACGUUUCCGAGAUACAUCAUACGGCAGCAAAUUUAAUCAAAUCUUCGGUACCAAUUAUAAAUUGGAAAUAUUUGAACGUGUUAAAAUAUUUGGAGGAUAUACUUGGAACCGAAGGUUUAGUCGAGAGUGGAGUAACUGAGAUAAUAGAUAAAUUGGUUUCUAUAAAUGCUGGUUGGUACAUUGGACUACCAAGAAGAUUAUGUGCGCUCCCACUGGACACAAGAAUCACACAAGUUGUAGCUGAAGAAAGACGCAUGUUAUUCAUUAACCAAGAAAUAAUAGAUGAAGAUGAAUUAACUGCAAAAUUUAAAAAUGAUUAG